UAUCCCUACUCUAAAUUCACCUUUUCCCUCUCUCGUGAGGAAGCGCGCUUCGCGAACUACGGGUGAACGUAACCUAUAAAUUGUGUUCUGAAAUUAUUUAAGAUUUUCGAAAACGUUUACUCAACUUCUUAGUGGGAAAUAAUGGGUAAGGAAAAUGAAUCAGACAGUUCAAAGAAAAGAAGAAAAUCUAUAGGGAGUACUACGGCUAAUACUGUGAAAGAUGGUGAUAUAUACAAGGCUAUUAUAAAUUAUGAGGAGAAAGAAGCUCACGAACGAUCUUCUGAGAAGGAUUCAGAGAGUUUCUUGUUAACAUGUGAAAACAUACGCAAGGCUAUGAAAAAUAUAGCAAAAUUGAAAGGCUGUGGAGACGAUUGUGCAAAAACCGACGUACAUGAGCUUCAGGUUACUACUGCUUUAGCAUUUAUCGAAUUGAAAAAGCUUAAUCGAAUGGAGAAAUUUAGAACUAAAUUUGCAAGAGAUUCUCUUAUAUCAGCAAAAAGUAGUGUCGAUAGUAGACAUCUUCAUUUGCAAAAUUUAUUAUAUGAAGUUAUGCAUCUAAAAAAAGAAGUUGUAAAAUGUCUCCAAUUCAAAUCUAAAGACGAAUCUAUAGAAUUAGUACCUGAGGAAGAAUUCUAUAAGGAAGCACCAGAAAAUGUUUCAAGACCUGAUAUUACCAAAAAUGAUCCACAUCAAUUAAGACUUGCACGUUUAGAAUGGGAAUUGACUCAACGAAAACAACUUGCAGCUUUAUGCGAUGAACUCACAGAAAGUAAAAAAAGUGCAGCAUCGGGUAUAGAAUCUAAACAGACAAGACUUGAUAAUCUGGCUCCACAACUACGUUUGAUCCUAGAAGCUAGCAAGCCUUUACAGGAUAGCCUUGGUCUUCCGUUGGACAAAGUUAGGCAGGAGCAUAAAAAAGCAGCAUUGCUGGCGUCACCUUUAUAUGUUCUCUAUGCCAAAGCUACUGCCUAUAGAGACGCUUAUGAUUCGUCUCUUGUGGUGAGUGUGGAGGGUGAUGAUGAUGACGCGAAACGAUCAAACGAUCAAGAGGGCACGCAAGAAUCUGAUUCAGAUGCAGAAACGCAGUCAGAAAAUAUCGUGGAAGAAAUUCCGGUGCAUAAAAAGAGACACCACAGACUGUCAAAAGAAGCCAGACAGGAAGAAAAACGAUCGAGACUUCUACAUAGACAUCCACUUAGCGUUAAGAUUAUUAUUGUACUCAAGAUGGAUACAAAAUUGACGUUACAAUUUUAUUAUAUGACUUUCUUGAAAGUUAUCACGGUGGAAUCAAAACUUGAUGCAGACAAUGUCGGUGGAAUAAGUGCAGGGGACAUGCUUGUAUCCGACUCUAUCUUACGCGAAUUGUAUCCAAAAGAUUUUGGAUUGGAGAGCCCCAAUCCUGCGAAUCAUUACCAAUUACUAAGACAUAAUUUGGGCCCAUUCUCUACACUGGAAGUAGGAAUUCCCUAUAAAUGGGCCCAACGAAUGGCGGGUUUACACUUUAUAUCUACUGACCCUCAAGAACAAAAGGUUACAAAUCAAGUACUCGCACAGGACAGCGUAGAAUGUGUCUUGAAAGAGAUAAAGAGACGCGUAAGAGCGCGUUUAGAAUUGUGCGCGGAAAUUCGUCAAUUAGAAUCCGGAAAUUUGUCAAUAUUCACCAACAACGUCGACCCCAUGCCGCAGAAGGUGUCUACAAGUCUGUAUAGGUUUUCCACAAUAACAUGGAAGAGUUAUUCCAGUUAUCCGGACAUGCCACCAUUUUGUCAACAGGGUCUAGUGUCACCAGUUGAUAUAUUCUACGAAGCUGUCCUACGUCGAGGAAGUAGUGAACUUGUAUCUCGCAUCGCUAUUAAACCAGAUUAUCCAAGGGUGAUGCCAGUUUUUGGUAUCAAGAUUAAUCAAACCGUACCAAUAUCUCCAGACAUUCUACGCGAUAUCGAAAGGGAAGUAAAUGUUAUGUGGGAAAAACCGCCAACCCUCUCUGCUCAAUUGCAACGUUUACGAGCAUGUUUUGACAUUUAUUUAGAGACUGAGUGUAUGGCACCUCGUGAGAAGAUCUUCUUCCAUACAGUAAGAGGAAGAACACGGGCACGGCCAUAUAAAUAUUUAUCACUGGGAGGUGGAAUAUUCACGCACCGUUAAUUACGAAAAAUUAUAUGUAUUUACUUGAGAAAUAUAAUAAACUUUUUUCUAUGAAGACAAAA